AUGGAGUUUCGGAAAGAGGAGGAACAAGAGUCACACCUGUGUGUAAGAUGCGGUCGUCGUAGCUUUCACAUCCAGAAGAGUCGCUGCUCCGCCUGUGCUUACCCUGCCGCUCGCAAGAGGACCUACAACUGGAGUGUGAAGACGAUCAGCAGGAAGACUACAGGAGCCGGUAGGAUGAGAUAUCUCAAAAAUAUAUAG